AACCUACAUAGUUCGCACUUGCAGUAGAAACGUGUCAAGCCCGUACCUCCAAGAACCACCCCCACGAACUCACGCUGGGACUAUCACAACUACGAAACCAAGAUGCCAGCCACACUCGAGCCGAUCCGACGCGUCAAGUGUACCUACAAAGACUGCAACAUGUCCUUCGACACAGAGAAGAUCAUGAAGAAUCACAAGAAGAACACCGAUGAACACGAGUACUGUCACAAGUGUGACGAAGACUUCGAUACCUUCGAGGACUAUGCCAUGCACAAGAUCACUCGCCCGGAAGAGCACAACCUAGCAUGCCGCGUCUGUGGUGACGAGUUCAAGAGCAAGUCAGGUCUGAAGCGCCACAUCGAGCUCAACCACAAGGUCGAUCAGAAGCUUACGUGCAUCGGCUGCCAGAAGUCGUUCUACCGCGCAUGCCUCUUCAUCGAGCACCUCGAGUUCGGCCACUGCGACGUCAUAUCAGCAUCCCAAUUCCAAGGCCACAUCGUUCACAAACAUCUGAUUACCGACUUGUUGAAAGACGGUCAGCAAUACACUCGCUUUCUGCAGAAGACAUCCAAGUACGAGGCAGCCAUCGACGAUGAUCGCGAGACUGGGGUUUCGCUUGGUGACGAUCCUUUCGGCGACGAGCAUGAGAUUGGAGAGGUCAAGUACGAGGCGAUCAAGCCGGAUAAAUCCGAAGAUGAGGAACACAUCCCAGUCUUCUAUGGCCAGUACCCUCCUCUGCCAUGUCAGGCCAAGUCCAUUCCGGAUGUGGACGCGGCAAUUGCACCCAUGAUGGGCGGUAUAUCUCUCAACGGAGAUGCUGACGAUGACUCCGACUGUUCAACAUCCGUUGGAUCUCCUGUUCUAACUGGCUAUCCUGCACGUACCAGUUCUCUUCCCGGACACUCUCAUCAAGGCCAGAGUUGCUCUUCUGCACAUGAUGCCUCCGCAGCUCAGAGCUUAAACACCCAAUCCUCCUGUCGCCAGACCAAGGUCUGGGGCUCUCGCAAGGGCAAGACAAGGAGCUCAGUACUAUUCCCCAACGCCAAGCCCAACGCCCCUCCCAGCGACUUCUCCAUCUCCGCCCACGAUGAGACAAUGGAGAAGGAGCACGGGCCAAACAUCCUGCGUGACCGCUUCUGGGACCCUAUGAGCAACGAUUGGAACCCAGACCGCUUCUACGAUCCUAUUGUCAACAAGUACUACUGUCCCUUCAUCUGCGAGCAGAACUUCCCCAUCCCCAGCGACCUAAACAAGCACAUCCUAGGCGACCACCGCAUCACCCGCAUGAAAUGCCCCAAAUGCCUCAAAUAUUUCAAGUCCGCAACAGCCCUAAUGGCGCACUGCGAGUCGCGCGGCGCCCGCUGUAACAUCAAUCAGACGGACAACUUCGCCAUCUUCCUCGACCGCAUGUCCGGCGGCUUCCUCGGCGUCGAAGAGAAGAUUCGGCCUGAUCACCUCAAUACACGUGCGGUUAUGAUGCAGAACUCUGAGACGGGCCAUAUGGAGUUGUAUAAGCCGCCGGUUGCGAGUUAUCUUCAGUAUACGGUUACCACGCCGCCGGAUUGGAAGGAUCCUGUUAGGUCGAGUGUGAGGAUUGGAGGCAUGGGUGGGGGGUCGCUGUGGUGAAGUGAAGUGGAAUGAAGAGGUGUGGUGUGGUGGGCUGGGAAUGGGUCU